GAACCCUGAUUUAGCAGCUGUAUUUCCUGCUUGCUGUUUCCACUCGUAGCGAUGGCAGAAGUGAAGGCUUCCCUGUUUUAUGGAGGUAUGUUCCCCUUUUUUAUUUCACGUACAUUAAACCCCAGUCUCUACACGCGUUUCCACGUUCAGUUACAGAGAGCAUUGACGCUCCUUUUAGUGAAACAAUGAGGCAAAAAUGAUGCAGAGUUAGCCGGGGGAUAACAGCUUUAGCUGGUGAUGCUUCAGUCAUGAGGUUUCAUGUUGGAGGACAGAAACUGCUUAAAGCCAUUGUUUGCAUUGAGCUAACAUGUAUUUUUGUGUGUUUUAAAAUCGCAGUUAUUGCAGCUUUCCUGAGUUCAGCGGUGUUUGCAUUUGUAGAGGAUCUAGAUGACACGUAAGUGAUGCUCCUGUCUUUAAUGGUCUGCUUCACCUUCCUAAACAAGAGCAUGUAUUUCGACUUCCUGCAUGUUUGUGCCGCUCAGACUUGAGCUCACUUCUUACCUUUUGCUUGGUUUCCUGUAUUUAUUGCUGAGUAAAUUUGCUCCAUGUAAUUUCCCAACAUUUUAAACACCCAACCCUCUCUAAAGGUCAACAAACGUACAACUCACAGAGCCAGGUUGCAGCAGAAAUCCUACAGAGAUUUGGUCCCCUCCCAUGUGUAUUUGUGUGUUUUCUCUGUUAUAGAAGGGCAUCUUUUUGGAGAUAGUUGCAUCGUUUCAGCUUAGGGUGCAAAAUAAUGCUGGCAUGACAUUGGUAUUUGCACAUUCAAGCCUAAAAUGUUAGUUAACCUGCCAAAAUAUAUGAAAAAUCCUUGCUGGUCUGUAAGGCAAAUGAGUUUAUAUGCAUGCAGACACAGUUUCAUGCACUAACAUUGAGCUUGAACUGUGUGGAAGUAUUUUAAAGUAUCAUAGAAUAGCUAUUUGCAUUGUAUAUUCUUAUGUGGGUUCAUUGCAGCUUAUUAAAAUCGUCUAUCUUCUUUUUUUCCACAGAUUUAAAGACACCAGAGUGAGCGAUAUCUGGCUGGUUGAUGUGAGUCUGACAUUUUGCACUCAAACACAUACACACAUAAAGACCCACACACUAAACCAGUCUGGGUCCAUUCAGCUGUGCCUUACUUUAUAUCCAGCACGCCACUGUCUACAUCAUCCCCUUCGGAAGUGGCAGCAGUCAGGGUGGGAUGUGGGGAGGGGUGGGAGAGCUGAAGAGGCUGUGCUGACUGUCCUCUGUGUUGGUGAUUAGUGAAUGAGAAGUCAUGCAUGCUUUCCAAAGCCAGGGGGGCUUGGAGGGGUUUAUAUCAGAGUCAGUCCUGAGCUCUGUAUCAACUUUUUACACAGUCUGCAUUCAGAAAUAAGUUUGAGUGAUUCAGUUUUAGAGAAAAAUGUACGUCUGUCAGAGAAAGAUUUGAGAAAGAGUCAAGGUGGGGCAAACCAUGUUGGACUGAUUGAUAUUAUUGGGUUAUGUGCGUUUCACACUCCACACACUGGUAUUAUUUGAUGACAAAAAUGUGUGUGUUAUGUCUUGGAUACUCAUAAAAAUCUUAAAUUAACUGAAAAUGUGUAUUUACACUAACACUCAUCAGAAUGAUCAGCACCAAAAAAACAAAACAAAUAUUUUCCUCAGUUGGUUUUUUGUGUCUGUCUGCUGUGUUAAAGCUCCUGUAAGGCGGUUUUAAUGUGUAUGAAACAGACUGAAAUUCAUAGUAUUGUCUUUUCAUGUUAUACAAAAGGGAACAAGACCAUCAGGAACAAGAUUCACAAGUUUUGUGUAGUGAUUUUUGAGUUUUUACACUUUCCACUUAAAUAUUUACAACACAUUAUGAACCUGAGUGUCAAAGGCAGCAAAAUUAGACUUUUUAAGAGAACAUGAUCAUUGAGCACAAAAAGACAAGAUUAAUUACGUCUGCUUCGUCCUCAAGGAGGUGCCAAAACAGACACAAAACUACAGUUUUUGCUAACAGAAGCCAACAGAGUUUUUGAAGGGUUUCUGUAUGUCGGUGUCAAUGUCAGCUUUAUUUAUAUAGUGUGUAAAAAAUAUGUGUAGUGUAUUGUAUGUGUGUAGUAAAAUAUAAAGAAACAAUAAAAAACUAUAAAAACUAUGAAAGCAUAAAACAUAAAACAACAAUAAAGAUAAACAUAGCAAAUAAAUAAGACCCAAUAACAGUAACUGUACUUCCCCAAAAUAUGAAGUGAACAGGUAUGGCUGUUUGCAGUACGCACUGUCAGGGGUAAAGCGUUCCACAAAGUGGGAGUCACAACAGAAAAUGCUCGAUCUCCCCUAGAUUUGAAAAAGGAUCGAGGAACGUCUCAAACCACCUGAUUGGCUGACCUCAUGACCAGACAGAUAUUCCGAUAUGUCAUACUUGUUAAUCAGUCAGAAGAACUCUUAAUGGUUGUCAGUUAUUUUUCGCUCGCUAGCUUGUUAGUUUGUCAGCAAGAGUCCAGGAGGUGUGAAAAAACUGGUGAUUUCAAGUCACUGUUGUGGUUCCAGUAGAUUUAACUUCUUGGCCGGCUCCAGACAGUGCUAACUGGAUUUGGAAGCCUCUGCUGCUUUGUUAUCAAUGUGUCUGUCUACUGCAGACAUGUUGUAAAAACAUCAGGGCAACGCUGGAGGCAAAACUACACUGAACUCUCUCCUCAGUCUGCUGCUCCUCUUGAUUUCACAGAGCAAGUUUUCGCUCAUUUUUCAGCUGCCUGGCUCGAAAGUUCCUCUGUUUAGAUUUACUCCCACAGCUCUGCUGUUGUUUUUGUUUUUGUUUUUUUAUCAUACCAACUCUUUGAACACACACUCUGCAGGUUCUUGGCAAAUACAAUAAAUUGUUAGAAGCUUAAGAGCCAGAUGUUGCUGUAAGGCGGUAAUGGAGACAAAAACAGAGUAAGAAAAUGUGGAGCACUUCACUUGUAUUUGCUCGAUUGCAAAGACAUGGCUUUAUAAUGUGGCUCUGCUGACAGAUGUGUAAAUAAGAAACUGUAAGCUAACAAGUUUGCUUGAUCUGGUUAAACAGUGAAACUUGACAGCAUGUCAAUAUUGAGCUCUUACCUCUCUUCCUCUCUGCCUCUCAGAGCCCUUUGUCUGGUUCUCAUACAGCAUCGGCUCAUUGAAAUAAACUCUGUUACUGCUGUGAUCAUUAUUCACUUUCUUCCUCAAACAUUCAUGCAAUCGCCAUCGGUGCACAAUGACAGGAGUCUCCAAAAUACAUGAACUUCAGAAACACUGACUUCAAAGAAAGUUCAAGAAGAAAAGUUUUUGCAUUUCAGAAGCAGUUUGUUCUCUUUAAAAUAAUGUCCUUUUUUAAUCAGUACGUCACUCACUGUGUAUUGUUUCUUCUGAUUCACUGAUGAUGUUCUUCUCUGCCUUAUUUCAGUUUUAUGCGCCGUGGUGUGGUUACUGCAAAAAACUAGAGCCAGUAUGGUAUGAUGUGGGAGCUGAGCUGAAGAGCUCGGGGUCGCCGGUCCGUGUGGGAAAGAUGGACGCCACAGCGUACUCUGGUGAGUGGAAACGUUUCAAUAUCUCUUCCUUUUUGUUUUUGUUCUGAUUGUUUUAUCCAUGACAGACUGUUAUUAUAUUAUUAUCAUUGUUGAUUUUGCCUUUUAUAUUUACUAUCCUGUUUCUGCUUUCGACCCCCCUUUCAAUUGCACUCUCCUUUUUUCUUAACUAUUUUAUGUUUUUAUUUUUGUCCUCAUGGUCUCAUUUUAAGUUGCAUGGCUCUUGUAUUGUCUGGGUUUCCUCUGACAUGAAAAUGGCGUUCAAUUCCAUUUUAACUGAGCUUUUUGUUUUUGUCUGUCUUUUCCCAUGUGCUCUAUGACUAUAUGUCAAAGCGCUUUACAAAUAAAGUUACUUUUAUUAUUAUGAAACUUUCAUGAUCAGUGAUGAUUUUGUUGAUUUUUCUGAUAAAAGACUCUCUGACAAAUCUGUGAUGAAAACAAAGCUUUGCCUCUUUUGCUCAGGAUCUUGUAUUUCUUCUCUGUCCUGCAGGAAUGGCGUCAGAGUUCGGUGUUCGUGGUUACCCCACGAUAAAACUGUAAGUGCCACACACUGAUUUCUCUCAUCGUUCUUGUACCUAAGAGCAAAUCUAAGAACAAUUUCUGCCUAUAAAACUGAUUUAAAACUCUUUGUUGAGUAAUUAUGUUUUAUGAAACACUUAUCUCAUCAGUCUGUUUAAUCAAAUGGCUGUACUUUUCUGAGCAGCUUGCUGAGACCUGGUAAAAUCCAUGUGAGAUUAAAAGAUUUAUCGAGUAUCUUGCAGGUUAUAUUAUUUUUAAAGCUCAUAAUUUUCCAUUUGUGCCAGAAAACGAAGAUUGAACUUCCUUGUGGAGGCUGUAUGGUGUUUUUAUUUGAUCGUUUUGACUUUGUUGUUCAUUACUUUACUUCGGGGACCUUCUUUCUUUAAAGAGUCAUUACUUAACUUUGUACCGUGUUGUCAUCAGGGUCUCUUUACCCCAUAGUCUUCUCUUCUCCCCCUGAGAUGUGGCUCAUCGAAAUGCCCUUUGGUGACUUAUUCCUGCGGGAACAAGGUGUUGUUGCAGCCUCCUUAAGGUUUUACUAAGUGAGAAACGUCUCACACCUUUGAAUGCAAAUUGUAUUACUUAUCUCACUGCUGAAGUUCGCUUGUUGUAUGAUCCCUUUGUUUAAAUUCAGCUUUAAGAGUUUCUCCCCUCUGUUAUACUUUUGUUUAGUCUCAGGCAAAGGAGCUCUUUGAUUUAUCUAAUGAUCACUUCACCAACAAAUCAAAGGUGGUGUUGUGUUAUUUCCACUCUUUACAUCUUCUCCCAUGUGUCUUAUUACAUUUUUUCUCAGAGUGUGAGUCGAUCUUAAAAGACAUUGAUAGGUAGACACCAGCUGCUCCACAGCAGAGCUCAUGUUGACUUGAGAAAAAUGAUCUUUCCGCUCCGCACAGUUCCCUUCAUUUAUCUGAAACACAUUCAUUUAUCCGCGCGCCGCCAUAAUGGGAUUCCCAUUUAGUUUCAUCAAGCUCAUUUGGGAAAGUGCCACUGGAUCGCAGCGGGGUUCAUAACAUCAAGCCAAGGAAGUGAUGAAACAGCCAUUCAAGACUCAAGACGCCUCCCUCGGAGACAGAAGGAGACUUGAUUUAGAGUCUCUCUCCCCCCUGAGUUCAUGAAGCUCUUUGGGAUGAUGCAACCUUAGCAAUCCUUUAUGCCGCCUGUCUGCUGGAGGAGUUCGACCCGAGUGUUGUUAUGCCUUGCAGGGACUCAGUUAGGGACUGUUUGUUUUUAUUUUUCCAUCCGAGACGCAGUGACUAAGAUUAGGCUGACCCUUGUGCCGAAGAAGCCUCCCCUGAUGGAUUUGCUGUUUAAUCAGAACAUCUUGUAAGAGACUGGUUGUUGAUAUUGCAAGCCUUGGAUGGCGAGGAUAGACUUAAAGUGACAACAACAGGCUCUCACUAUGUACAUAAUCAGAAUGAGCCCCGAAAAACAUUCCUGGAAACAUUCUGGGUCAUCAGCGUCACGAUGAACCAAGUCCACAGACUCCUUUAGAUCACAUUUCACAGUGUAUAGCAAAACAAUUUGAUGUUUUUUUAAAAUUAUUCUUUUAAUUUCAAGUGUCCAAAUGAUGUUUCAAAACUCUUGUGUGUGGAGUCUGCAUCUAGUUGUGAAAACUCUACAAAAGCAAACAGAAACAAGAUUGAUGUGCUUCUGUUUUGUUGGUUUUAUGAUACGGGACCCCAAGAGUCUUUUCCAGGCGUGAUAAAUAAGCUCACUGAAGCACAUCUUUCCAGGCGUAGGGUAGAAAUGAGAUGUGCUGCUGGAGCUGCAGAUUUCAGCUCAGACUCACAGUCUCUUUAUGGGUAGGAAGGAGAUCUCAGGGCGCAGCAGAUGAAAUUUAAGGGAAUGUGGCAAACCAGGUAGGAUUUGACAGUGAGUGUGUAGAAACAGGAGCUUCCUGAUGCCAGUAGGGGGUGCUGUUUGUAGUUAUACUUUCAGGCAUGGAUGUGUUCAGGCUUGGUCCCCUCUUAAGAAGAAGAAAUGUGUUGCGAAGUUGCGACAACUUUACAAUUUAAUAGAGACAUGUUAAAAUAUACAGAUACUGGUACACAUCAAGACCAGUAUCUUGAGAAGAUCUUGACUAAAAAUGAUGAAGAGACAUUGAACUGUUUUGGAGGUAUUUCUUAUAUCUGCACUUUGACUGUGAUCAAAUGUCACUGUAUGAGUGUGUUGAGGCCUGAAUCCACAGUAUACUCAUGGAAAUUGGGGCAGAUUGGAGCAUGCAUGACUGAGAUAAAAACUACAUCCUGUUGCAUGGCGGCUUAGAGGGCUUACCUCAGCCACGCCUUUGACUUUAGUGCAAAAGCCACAUGGAUUUUCUUUAUCCAGGUAAACUAGGUGGAACUGUUAUUAAUCCUCGCCCACGUACCAUACUUAUAAGUUCUCAAAUUUUCCACCAGGCCUGACACACAUGUAAAAAAAGAUAACUUUUCACAAAUUCAAAGGCACAUAUUUGGUGAAAAAACAUAAUAAAAAUCUGAAGGAAUAUUAAAACUUUAAAAGACCUGAACAACCGGGUUAUGGGAAAACCUUUGAUCUUGAGGGCUAUGAUUGCAGUUGGAAUGAAUCAUUUUUUAUAGACUGCUAUACUGCUAUAUAUUUAAAAUUAGGGCUGUCCCGAUAUGAUAUUGGAUAUCGGUCCAAUAUCAGCCCAAAAACGAAUUUCGGGUUAUGUCGGCCUGUGCAUCUAAAAUCUCAGAUAUCAGCACUCUGAUACAAGCAGUCCAUUCAGACUCUGCUCCAGCACCUCUAACUAGCAGUGCAUGCAGAGCCCAUGUGAUCACAACAACAGUGUGUACUAAGGGACUAACAAAGUACCAAAGAGUAGGAGUGAUGUCGGUCUUGUGGCAGUAUUUUUCGUUUUAAGUCUGAAAAAGACGUUGCAGCUGAGUGCAAAACUUGUCAUGCACAAGUUUGUGCCAAUAUCGGUAUCGGCCAAUAGUGAGGGCUACAAUAUCAGUAUAUUUCAGAGGUAAAAAAGUUGUAUAGGGACACCCCUAUUUAAAAUAAGAUUCUGUAUGUUAUUAGUAACAAAACAUUAAGACUGAUGAAAUACAGAAAUGCCUGAGAUGUGAACAUAAUUAUUUUAAUCUGUGCAAAGAAGAGAAAUGGUACUUGAUGGUUUUGAUGGUUUUAUAAUACUAACAAUGGCUUCCUCCUGUAUCUGUCUGUCCAUUCAGGUUAAAGGGGGAUCUUGCCUAUAAUUACAAAGGCCCACGAACAAAAGACGACAUCGUAGAGUUUGCUAACAGAGUGGCCGGGUGAGUCUCAGCUUUCAUCUUCUUCAAAAAGAAACGGCUUGAAACCUGUGAAGAAAUACAGAUUCCCUUUAUUUGGCUGAAAAAAAUCCUGCUGUGUAAAUACGAAUUGUCCAGGAAGGCUUAUCAAUGAGGCCAUAUUUUCUCUCGCUCAGUGGAUUUCAACCUUUUGAUGCUGCACUCUAAGCUCCUGUAUCAACUGAGCCUGACAGAUUUCUCCUCCUUGAGGGAAAUUGAGCUCAGUCCGUGACAGAGGGCAUGAUCAAAAGCUUGGCACUGACUCCAGUCAGGGCUGCAAGUCGUUGAGCGUCCACACGGUGGCGCCACCAGCACAGAAAUGUCAAAACAGAGCUGCCGGAAGCCUCAACAUCAAGUUUCAGUUUUAGAGAGUCAUUGUUUUGCUGAAUGAACUCAUCUCUGCUUGUUUUGUUUCCCUCUGUAGACCAGCUGUGCGGGCGCUUCCCAGCAGGCAGAUGUUCGAGCACAUGCUGAAACGACACGAUGUGCUUUUUGUGUACGUCGGUGGGGAAUCUCCCCUUAAAGUGAGCGCUGUUUAUAUCACACACAACAUGAAUCAGGAUUUCCUUUAAAUAUAACACAAAGCUUGUACUGUGUACGAGUGAAUGACAGACAUAAUUCUGCUUCUGUUUGAACAUCGUAGAACAAAUGAAACGGUGUUUAAUACCCUAAAGUGACUCAUUCUUUUCAACGCUCAAUAACCGAAGAGCUUUCAUGUUUAUAUUCUCUUUAAUGUCUGUUUGCCGUUUUAGGAGAAGUACAGCGAGGUGGCCUCUGAGCUUAUCGUCUACACCUACUUUUUCUCAGCCUCAGAGGAAGCCCUUCCAGAGGUAACUCUUUGAAUAUGCAGCAGUUUUGUCAUCAUGAAUUAUUGAAACUCUUUGAGUGUUUGCAUACAGCGCAGGUUUCUUCCUUCGCGUGUUUCCAAGAAUGGAAAGAAUCACAUUUAUACUUGAGCACGUCGUCCUCUGACUGCAUGUAAACGCCCUCUCAGCUCAGUGUGGGCUUGCACGUUGCGUCUGUGACGUGUUUAAGUAAAUCGUGAGAGCUGAAGAAUAAAUCCACACCUCUUCUACAAUUUUUAACCUUGGAGUUAAACGGCAGAGGUCCCUCAGGUGGGUGCAGUUCACAGCAGACUAGAUUCAGUCUGGUUAAAGUAAAGUAGAAGCAGUGUGUAUUUCAUGCUGUUAGAGAAAUUGAUUUCGAAUAAACUUGGACUUUUAGAAUAUGUCAACCCGACUAAAGCCACACUUUGCUGAGUUUCUCGAAGUUGGACUAUACACCUACCUGAUGUGAUUGGGCUGAAACUUCCUCGAUAAUCAGCUCUUGUGUUGGUGUUUGUUAUAUGUUGUCUCACUCUUCCUCCUCAGCUCUAAUUUAGUGAGUGAGAAACUCUCCAUGAACCUGUUAGUUAACAGAGCUGCCAAUCAUGACACCACAUCCCCUCCUCAAAUGACUCAUUCAGAGAAAACUCCUCUGACAGUAAACACUUUUCCAUAAAUCUACAUAAGAGAACUAGAGAUGCAAUAAGUCUCUGUAUAAUAUAAUAUUCAACCACGUGGUACAGCAUCCAUGAUUUAGUUCAUACUUGGAAAUUGCUAUAAGCAGUUUCCUGGCAUUAAAUUCUUCUCGUGUGUGCGCCUGUAAGUCCAUGUGCAGGGAUAAGGAAACUCCUCUCCAUAUGUAAAUCCAGUCACUAUAUGCUAAACGCCGCAGGCAGUCACAUCUAAUGUUGUCUGAAGCACUGGGUAAGGAGCACAGUCAUGCUUGAACUGGGUAAAACUGAAAAAUGAAAUCUAGAUUUUAGUAAAAAAUCAGGUCAGUCGAUUUUCAAGUCUGAUUUUUUUCAGUGGCUCCAUCGCCAUGUGAACUAACUGACUCAGCAAAUCUAACCUGGCGGGGACCAGAAAAUGAUGUACUUACUGCAACAGCAUCAUGAAUCUGUUUUCUGUGGACAGUUUAGUUCUUUAGCUAGAAUAAUAUUUUCAUAAAACUGUUUAAACUGUAACAAAAAAUUGGUGAAUUUCUGAGCUGUUACAUCUCAGAAAAGGAGCCUCUGCGUUCAGUUAGUCAAUGCAAAAUUUAAAGGCACUAUAAGGAGUUUUUUAACUGUUUGAGAAACAGGCUGAAACUGACACUGAUACACUCCUCUAUGACCUGAUUUCAGUGUGCAUAACUCACUGUCCUGCUUAUUAGCCAACUCCCAUGUAGGGAUGGGAAUUGUUAAGAAUUUAGCGAUUCUGUGAGAAGUAAGAUAAUACAAAUGGGUUUGUUCUCCUUAACUCUAUAAUAUUGUCACCUCUGGACAGAAGAUAUGGCGUAUCCAUGCACUAAUAAUUAGUUAUGUGACCUUCCCUUUGACCACAAAUCUAGGGUGACCAUAUUCUGACUUCCCAGAGACGACACGACUACGCGGGGGCGGAGUCACAGUGUCGCACAAAGUUAAUUUUGAGAGUUUUUCAGGUGUCUUUUAUGUGCUUCUCACUCUUUAACACCACGUGACUCAAAAAUCGAAACUUACGUUCAAAACCGCAGACAUUUGAAGGAUUUUAUAAACUUCCUCGACAAAUCGGGACAGCCCCCAAAAACCAUCAGCAACAAGGCAGAAAAUUUUUUUGUAAUGACGUGGUCCAUGGCGGAUAUGCACACAGCCAAACAAGCCGGAAGUUCCUCACAACAUCUUUUUAAAAGAAGCAUUUUCCUCCCUCUCCUCCUCCUGUAGGAUUCACUCUAAAAUGCCAAAGAAUCGUAUAUCAUGUCAUUUCUGAAGUAUUCUGAAAGAGUUAAAACCUGCAGUAAAGCUUCUGUUUGUGCAACACGCAGAAAGAAACAAGUCUUUAAUGAAGUAUCUUUUGUGUUUUCAACAGUCGGUCACUUUGCCGGAGCUUCCUGCCGUUGUUGUCUUUAAAGACGGAGGCUUUUUUACUUACGAUGGUAAGUAUUUUGUUCCCUUGUCUCUCCAUGCACUGUUGUCUUGGAUAGUUUUGUCUGUAUAAGGCGAAAGAAAUUAUUUAAGACGCCAGUAGGGAGCCAUCUGUAUACAGCUCCUUGCCCUUCCUUCCCUGCAGUCCUUGUUUUCUCUGGCCGUGUUCCUCCACUUUCUCUGUCCCUCUUUCAUCUUCCUCACCACGCUGAGUUAUAGUGUGCCUGGCCCAUCAUAAAGCACCCCGGGCCCUGCCCACUAUUGUGUGUGCGGCGAGGCCAGUGAUGUUGUGGUGGUUUGUCUUAGGGCGGACAUGCAUAACAUAGCAGGCUGGGGUUGGAUGGGCGUGAGAGACCACAGUUUAUACUGAGGAAACCAGUGCCGAGCUGGUACUGUAUAUACAGUCAUUACAAGCCAAGAUGAAUCACUAGCGCAGCCGUCAAGUCCCCAAAAAAACAUUUGAACUGACAUAAGAGCUGCUUUUUCUCUCAAACUUCUCACCGCAACAACGUGAGCUCACCACAUUCCUCCAUGAUUUCUUGCAUCGCGCUGCUGCUGAAAUCUCCAGCUGGGAGGUGGAAGCGAAAGGGAAGAGCGUCGAGGCACAGCGCCAACACAAACGGGCCCCAGUAGAAGCUGUUGGGCAGGUUCGGGGCUCGGUGUAAGGCCCGCAGAAUGAAAUCCACCUCUGCAGGCGCCCCCCCGGUACUCAUAUCCACCUGCUCCACCUGGCUGUUGCAAAAAGGCGGCUUGUUGCACCAGAACUGCAGCAGGAGAGGCUCGCCACAGUACACUUUGAUAACGAAAACGCCACAAUCCGCGGAGUCCUCCAGGACCUUGAUACAGAGGAUGCGGUGUAUAUCUGGCAUCGCCAUGGUGACAGGGUAUUAAGCUGGUGAGGGGCUGGGAAGGUGAGCAGCAUGGCAAAUUGACAUGUAUUGUCCUUCCUUCCUCACAUGGCUGAUCUCUUCUCUUUUGAAACCUCAGGAAACAAUAAGAGGCAUGAAUUAGCGAGUUAAAGCUAAUGAGGAGUAUUUACCCCUGCAUUUCGUUCAGCGCUCACCUUCAAGAAAAGCAAAAAGAUCAUUAUUCACUCCACAUCAGAAAGAGACAUUCGCCUGUUCCUGUUUUUUUCCACCUGUGGUCCUCUGCUUCUGGUUUCUCUCCAGCCGAGGUGGGAAGUCUUCCUCCGAGGACUCUCCUUCCUGAAAAUCCACUUACUGGAUGUCGAAUUCAGAGUGAAAUAAGGUUGAAGCACCUUGUUGUGGUUUUGUUCGACACUCACUUUGCAUGACGAUCUGUUUGGCAAAACCUCUGAGGCACAUUUGCAUCAGCGGCCAGUGACACAGUUCUAUGACCUUUGCAUUCAUUUGAAUGCUUUUGUAAAGAUCAUUGACUGUAUAUGAAUAUGGAGGAAAGAGCCCCCCAUCCAUAAAAUACCACAACAGGCACAUUUGGAGCCAAAGUGUUAGCAUUAUGGAUCGGCUAUAGUCGUGUUUCUGCCAGUAUGGUGUGCUGUAAUUUGCAUUUCUAUUCACUGGAAGAUGGAAAGGAACCAAAACCACUGACCCAUACCUUCCCUUUAUUUUGGCACCCUGCUGUUGCAGUUAGAGUCGAUGUUGGCGCCCCAUCCUGCUCACUAAAAAUCAUAUCCUGCUUUCGUAAAUUGUUAAGUAUUUUACUAGUUAUUGCUCAAGUAAAUUUAAAAAAUCAUCUCCAUUGUGCUUUAAAUCGUUUGAGCAAACACCACAGCUACAGGCAUUAAAAUUAGGGCCCGACCGAUAUGGAUUUUUUGGGUCCGAUUACCGAUUAAUCAGACGAUUUUUUAAAAAUUUUUCUGAAGUUUUAAAAUUUUGUUAAUUUAAGUAAUACAUCUACAUAUUUACUUAUUUUUUUGGCUGCUUUUGAGCCUUUCAAACACUUCCUCAAAGAAUUAAAGGCAGAAAACUCACUUUAAAUCCUUUUUAUUGCAAAAAAAAUGAAAUACAAGUACAUCACAAGAAAUGAGGGACACUCGAGAUAAAGCGCCGCCCCCCCCCCCCCCCACACACCGAUCGCUGCCUCUGCGUCUUAACUCAUCUCGCACUUUAUUUCUGAAAAUAUCUGCGAAAAUUGUGUACUGUUGUCCGAUUACUGUUAGUCUCAAACGGCUAAAAUUGGCAAGGUUUAAUAGCAGAUGGCUAACUCUAACUUUAGCUUGCAUUUUAAAAUUACUGAAGAACUGGUCUUUUGUGUUGCAAAUCGUCCUUUAUUGUUUUUUCGUGUCAUAACGAUUCCUCGCUGUUAAUUUCAGUUUAUCUCAUGAACACUUAAAAAUCCCUCACAGGAGCUUUAAAACAGGACUAAUGUUUUUUUAUGCUUGUUACAGUUUUCUUCUAUGAACUCGCCUUCCUGCGUUUCAUGCCAGUGCAUGUUCUGGAAAUCAAUAAUUGGAUACCAAAUAACACUUGUGAAUUUGUGUCUCUCAUUAAAAAAUGAUUCCAGUCUUCUUAUUUCAUGGAAAAUUUCCCCGAGACUCUGUGCUCAAAACUGCCUCCAAUGUCAUUUUUUGGCCAUUUCGAUUGACUGUGAAGUGAGACAAGCUGAACAAGUCUCUACAAAUCACUGCACAUAUCACCCAAGAUUGUCAGUCUGUUGCCAUUUUCUCUUAAAUCAAACCUUCUCUGUACGCCGUCACAUCCCAUCCCAAACACCUCGGCAGCGUUUUCCCCCAACAUUUCUUUUUCAAUUUCGUCGACUUCUUUGUCUUCUAGAUUUUGGCCUAUUUUGAUUUUCUUUGCUUUUUCUUCUCCCUUUUUCUGCCGCAGUAAACUUUAAAGUGAUCAGACUUCUUUUCUGUGAAUAAUAUGACUGAAAUUAAACUGCUAGGGUUCGAGUUUAGAGCUAUAUCUAUAAAAAUGAACCGUUCUUCAUAGUAGAAGUAUUUCAUUCAUGAAUAUCAAACAGUAGAAAGUUAACCAGUAUUGUGUCCUCUUGUAAAGGCUUGUACAUCUAAUACAAGUUUAAAGAAAAAUCACUUUCAACUCUUCUAUAGAUAUGAGUGAUUAAAAUUUGAGAUAUGGAACAAAUUCAGCUUUUUGUACUUUUUCCUCAAAACAAAUAAUCAGUUACCCGUCCCAGAAUUCCCACCCCUGUCUAUGUUAUAUAAUCUUACAACUUUUUAAAGAGUGAGAACUUUUUAUCUUCUGUUUGUUGUAUUUUGGUUCUGAAACCGUUGAAGAACAAUCAGAUACAAAAUCACUUUUGCUUUUUUCAGAGUUAAGAGUUUUUAAGUUGUAAAGAAGUUUUAAGUUGCUUAAAUUCAUGUGAUGCAAAUGUCAUAUUGCUUUCAGUUAUCGCUAUUAUUACUUUGCCAUGAUUGGGCAGCCCUACCUAAUUAUUCCUCUGUUAAUUAAAGACAUUCUAAUGGUUUCUUGUUGUCUUGGACCCUAUACUAUUAUCAGGGGCCCACUUAAAUCACUACACUGAAAAGCUAUCAACAUCUCAGAGUAAGUGCUUUGUUGGACACCUACCCUGCGGCGGCGUUUACAGGCGUUAAAACUCCUCAAAGGAGCUUUUAUCAAAAAUCCGUUUUUCUUAUUCAUUUUGUCAAGAUUCAAACACUGAUCAGGACUCGGUGCUCAUUCAUCUGACUUUUUCCGUCUUUGUUAAUGAAUAAAUGCCACUGAGCAAAGCCGCUCUGUCCCAGUUAGAAGUGACGUUUUGUUGUUGAGCUGUAGUUGGUUUAGUGCACAUCACAAACACAAAUCCUCACUUUCAUACUGCUGCACAGCUGUUGUCUGCUACUGUGCUUCAAGGGCUGAAUGGUUUUGAUCAAUGUGUGGGUUCAGUGGUGUUUUAGUCCCAUAGACUGUAUAUACUAUGGACAACUUGGUUCCGCCUUCCACCAGUAUAUAGAUUUGAAGCCAAAAAGCCCUCGGUAAUUUCGCGUUCUUUCUUCAUCGGCUGUACAAAGUGUCAAUCAUAGAAAACAUGAACCCCCUAAUAACUUUUAAAAACAGAGCUUGUCCACAGUUUGUCCACAGCUCCAUAGAGAUGCUGGAGGAGGCGGGAUUUAUGACCUAUACUGCAGCCUGUCACCAGAGGGUGCUGUUUUCGGAGUGGCUUCACCCAGCGAGGAGGCAGAUGACGUCUAUAUACAGUCUAUGUUUAGUCCACACAGUAGGCAUUUUGCAGAUGCUUCACUCGCUGGAAUUACCUUUGAAACACAUUUGUGUAGGGCUGUAAAGUCUCAGUCGACUCAUUGGUCGAUACAUGCUUGACAUUUUCCCACGUCGAAUUACAGUCUAUGGUUAAUUUCAUUAGGAGGAACGUACCAAGUGCUAAUGGGGGUGUUUUCAGAGCACCCCCGUUUCACAGGUAACAGCCUGUCUCAGAAUACCCCCCUUGUUUUCACCAUUUUGGAUUCACCCAACUCACUGGAGACCAGCUAGAGACUGGAAAACUGAAGAGCGUCCACGUCAAUCAACUCUGGUUGUUCGCUGAAUAUUGAUAUUUUAGCCUUUGUGUUUAAUUACCUUCUUGUGCUGAUGUCAGUAUAUUGUCGUCCCCCGCCGCCAGAGUCAGAUAGAGUCGAUUUUUGGUCGAAAAUAUCAGGGUUUUAGUCAACCAAGAAUUUGUUUCGUUGAUUAUAGCCUUACAUUUGUGUUUGUACACAUUAAAAAAUCCUCCCAGGUCUGCCUCAGCCUUUCUAUGAACAUGCGGUUUUACAGCCCGGCCUUGUCGCUCCUUGUAUGGAAGGCAGAUAAAGCAGACACAUGUGUGUGAGAGCGAGCUAUUUGCAUAGGUUUAUUGGGGAGCGCUUGAAUGACACUCAGAUUAACAGUCCAUGAAUGUGAUGACAAGAUGAGAUCGCACCUGAAAAGGUGAUAACACAAUGACGACACUCGCUGACGGCACACAUGGGCAGUGUUCACUUCGAGGGUUAUUUGAAUUGGCAAAAGAGGACGAGUGCGGAUGGUGUGAUGAUGAAAAGUGCAAUAACUGGUGAGGAGUUAACGCUCGAUUUCCCACAGCUUAAAUAGCUCCUCUCUGUCAUCAUAUAUAUUUCUGUUAUCUUCCUUAAAAAGUUGAUAAAUGAAUAAAAGCGUCACACUUUUAAAAAGAAGCUCAAGCCUGAAUUUGUAAGUCAUAAAAACUCAUUCUCAGCUUCAUUCAGUCUGCAACGGCCUGGAGCUGCUUCUUGUCUAACAUUAGCUUAUCCCACCACACAUCACACCCCACUCUGUAAUUUUUCUGCCCUCGUGCCAAUUUAGGACGUACCAUCACCCAAGAAUUUAUCCUCUGUGACAGCAGCAGCUGCUACGUCUCAACAAGUGUUACGAGUUCAGCUUUUUGAAUAACCACAUCAACAGAUUUCUUUUCUCAUCUUAGUUUUUCUCGAGUUGAGGUUUUUUUUAUUCCUCCAUCAUUCUUCUUCACAAAAACUGCUCAAGAAAUACCCUCAAAGUUUAUCUCUAAAAUGUUUUCACGGCUUUAUCUGGUUCAGUCAAAUCACACUAGAUGUCACUUUCUAAACUCACAUUUGUACAUUGAUUAGACCCUCCAGAAAAACGCGAUUAUGCGAUCGCAUGAAUUCCCGCAUAUAUCACCAAUCUGUCGCUGAUUAUGCGGGAAUCGAAUAUUUCCCAAAAGGCGCAUAUUUCCCUGAAAAACAGCGUAUAAUUCCCGCAAUAAUCUCAAAUUUCCGCGGAAAAAUGCGGGUCCCGCUUAAUUUCACAAUUUCCGCAUUAAAAUGAGAAAACUAUAACCAAAAUAGUUGUAAGUUGAUAAUAAAUGAAACAUAACCAGCACUUACUGUGAUGUGUCUUGCAUCUAGUAUGCCUGUUUAUCUUUAAAUUGCUCCUUUUCAUUCAGUGGUAGCGAAGUAACAGGAUGUGGAAGAAGAAUCUUUUUUCCCAGUUCUUGCAUAUAUUGCAUUUUUCGCAUAUUUCGCACCUUUUUCGCAUAUUUCACAACUAUUCGCAUACUUUACAACUUUCCGCAAUUUUCCCGCAUAAAAUGGCAUAAAAACCCUGCAUAUUUAGUCGCAUAAUCAAGGAUUUUGGCCCGCAGGAUCAAGGAUUUUGUGUGAAAAGCUGCAAAGUAAAAAAUUUCUGCGUGCCUUCCCCUGAAGCCAAUUUCCUCUCAGGUGCGUCUUAAAGGCUGGAUUUUAUAGAACGUGAUAUAAGGCUCUAAAAUCUGACAUUUACGUUGACGGUCUCCAGAGAAACCCGUCUCUUUCCGUACUCUGCCAUCAUCAGAUCCAAACGAGUUUCCUGAUGCCUUCGUCGAGGCCAAAACAGCGGACCAGCUGUGGUGUGAACAGACAGGGACUCAUGCAGCGUGAUCCGCCCCUGAUGCUGCGUGUCUUUCAACAUUACACUUAUCAUGAUGAUUUUUUUAAACACUGAAUGAACGCUGCUCCGUCUUGUCUACUUUCUUCCUCGUAAAGUUUCUUUUUUUCAUAACCCAGCUCUGCAGAUUUUGACAUGGUUCCUGCGCCUAGCUGUCGCUUUUCUGUUGUGCUCUUUGGCAGCUUGCCAAAGCAUUUUCAUAGUUAAUCUUCUGAGGAAGCCUGACUGGUCCUGUCAUUUCACUCAGCCUCCCUUUCCCUCUUGAAUACAUCAGUGCUCUGUCUUAGCCUGUGAAGAUAUUACCCUCCUCUCCUCUUCUCCCUGCUGCUCACUCUUGCUUUGUCUCAGAUAUAUUUGCAUUGUCUUGGAGGUCUUCCGCACGAUUAACCUUCAUCCUUGAAAUGUGUCAGCGCUGCCUCCUCUCUCCGCUCAAAAACUCUGACACGGGGAUCAUCCUUACUCCGCCCCCGCCGUCUGAUUCCAUCUCCCCUCCUGCCCCUCGUCUUUCUCCCUCCUGUCUCCUGCUGUGUGAACCCUGGGCUGACAGGCUCCUGUAGGGGCGGUAUGGAGAUUGCGAUGUUGCCGCCCGGGAAGCUCGCAGCUCCAAUUUGUUUCAAGGUGAAGCAGGUUUAGACGGCGUAGCGAUUCAUCAGGGCUGUACCAUCUUGGCAUGGGGGCCGACGGCUCUCCCUGGGCAGCUGCGUGCUGUCUGUAAAGCCAAAACAUCUGUGGGAAUAACUCUCAGGAAUGUCGACCGGAUCUCCUGACUCAGCGCUCUAACUCUAGAGUUUGCUGCGUCGAGGUCAUUUUCUCUUAUAUCAGUAUCAGUGACAACCUUGGGGGGGUUUUAAAAGCAUGUUCAGGGGUUUUCGCUUGUCAUGUUCAGCCUGACGCUCCAAGCUCCCUGCAGCUUUUAAACCAUGUUCAAGUCAUCAGUGCUCUUGUAGUUCCUGCAACACAAGCUGAAAGGUCAUGAUAACUUAUUAACAUGUCAUAAUGAGGUCUCAUCUACGUUUGACAUCAAUUAUAAGCAUUCUGCAGCCGCACUAUUUAGACCCCGGGGAGACGGCGCUGCUUUCCCCCCUGUUUGCAUGUUGCCUCCAGAUGUUCGAGUUACAACAACAUGUGGCUCGCAUUCAGGGAGCCAUCCGUUAUUUUCCUUUUGGCUGAUUAUUUAUUUAUUUAUCUAUUUGUUGCACUUUAUCUUUUUUUUCUUCCUUUCUUUUUUUUUUUUUUUGUUAGCACUAAUGCAUCUGUUGAAUAAUGUAUUUGUUCCAAAUGUGUGAAAAUCUGCCAAAAACUGUGUCCUGGAAAUGAGUGUACGUUGGAGAGUCAUUUACAAACCAAAUGUGGUUUUAUGGAGACAGAAGGGCUUUAUCGUUGUGAAAAUGAGGUCAAGUGAGCAAGCAAAACAGGGAAACACUAUCUACUGUGAAUGAAAAUGCAGCGUUUUUCGUUUUCUACUCAAACUCAUCGGCGGAUUCUUUUUUUACUGCAUGUUUAAUUUGGAGCGUGUUUUCUACUUUUGCUCCAGAUCCAAACCGGCUGCAGCCCUCCACCAAAACCCCUUUCUAAUCACUGUUGAACCGACCUUUGUCUCUGCAUGCUCGACUCGUGUCCUUCUCUCUAUUUCCCAGACAGCAAACAGGUGGUAAACACACCGGUCUUCAAAAUCCGGGCAUCAAUACACGCCUCUGCUUUGCCGUUAAUGUAGACAGACUGUGAGCUGAAUGUUAAUCACUUUGUUCUGUUGUUGUUGUUGUUGUUUUCGUGCCUCUGUCUCUGAAAGAUCUCUCUCUUUGUGUCGCAGAGUACGAAGACGCCAGUUUGUCAUCGUGGGUGAACAAGGAGCGCUUCCAAGGAUACCUGCAGAUUGAUGGAUUCACUCUGUAUGAGCUCGGGGAAACAGGUGGCGUAUGGAGAUAAUUUCUCAUCCAUAAUUUAAUUUUCUCUUCCAAAUUGAUUUUUUCUUUUUUACAUGCUCAUGCACCUUUUUUCCUUUUUGGAUUUUUAUGUAAAUUUCUCUCAAAAGUCUACCUGAUUGUUCUGGUUGAUUUUCAGAAUUUCUAUGAAUAAUUACUAAAAAAGCGAGAGCGCUGUCUUUAUAUCUGGAGCUGCAGUAAACUGUCAUUUAAGUAUCGAUUAAAAUCCCAAUGAAGUUCCAAGGUGACACUUUUAAUUAGAAAUUCAACAAACACUUUUUUGGUUUUGGACUUUCUGGUCAGAAAAGAGAGGACGUUAAUCGAUUGAUGCGGCUUUAUUGUCAGAGUAAAUCUGUCCCAGCUCCAUUUACAACAAAAUAAGGGAUUUCUAACCCCGAACAGAGCAUACAAAGGCCUGAAAUUGACGUUUGAGCUCCAAAUUCAGCUUUAGACCUAUGACUCAUUUUAGGUUUCAUGAAAGCCAUUUUCAUUCACUGUUUUGAGCGUCGUCAGGGUUGGUGACUUUGUUCUUCGACUUCUUUUAAAGGUUUUUAUUUUAAGCUGAUUCAUAGAGUCACCAAAGUGGCAGACCUACAAUUUUUGAAUGUAUUUUAAGCUAGUGAAGCCGGUUAGACGUAGAAGAAGAGGACAGUCAUGCACCAUGGGGUGUGCUCCAGUGUUUGAGCUGGAAGUUGAACAGCACAAAUGUGUCGCUAGGAAAACCAGGUAGUAAACAAAAACCCCAACCAACAUAUGCCAAACAUACAAAGUAAACAAAACUUAUUAACAAGGAAAAAUAAUGUGAACAUAAAUGCAAAAAAGUAAAGAAAAUAAAUCAGAAAUAUGAGCAAUUUGUUUAGAGAUGAGAAUAUAGUGCCAUUCUAAAGUAAUAAAAAGAAUUAAUAGAAGGCAAAGACAGAGGUAGGUUAUUCCAAUCUGGUGGGGCUCUAGACUGAAACAACCUUUUGCCAACUUCUGUAAAGAUUCUAGGAACAGAGAAAAAUGGGUGGUUCAUAUGUCAAAGAGAGUAUGGGGAGUUGUAUGCGAUCAAGAGUUCUUUUAAAUAUGAAGGGCGAUGGAGAUAAACACAUUUGAAAAGGAAAUGAAGCCAAUAAAAUUGCCGUCUUGAUUUGGGUUGUAACCAGUUCAAUGAGUCAAACAUAAAGUAGUGAUGUUAUUUCAAGCCUUUAACGUGUAGACCUUUGAGGUCUCUGGAUGUAAAGGGCGCUACGAAUAAAAUGUAUUAUUAUUAUUGUGAGAGAAAGGGUGAAACUUUCCUACCGUACAAAGAAACAGUACAGAGCUGUGAAAAUAGCAGCGUUUUCACCGUUCCGUGUAGUCUAUUUAAAGCACCUAAUUGAGCUUUAACCUCAACUGUGCAGGUAGAUGUACUGGCUAACAUGUUUCAUCAUCAUAAGACAACAAGAAGAGGUUUUUGCCUGAAAACGCUCCUUUCACAUAAACAGGACAGAGAUAAGAGUUGUCACUUUGUCCACAGGGGGCGCCAGAACAUCGCAAACUAAAAGUUACUCACAGCAGCUUUAAUAACUUUUCCCUUAACUGAUUUAUUUGUGAAAGACAGACACAAAGAAAAGAAAAACAAAGGUACAAGUGCAAUCCUCGAUUUGUAAAUAAAAAUAUGAAAACAUUAAUUAUUAGUUGAUAAACUUUUAAUUAAUGUUCAAUAGUGAACCUGAUUAAAUAAACUACAUGCAAGAGGUCUUGGUAAAACUUUUAGUUAAAGCCUAUGAGACAAUUUUGAUGUUCGUGAAAUAGUCUGAAAUUUAGAUUGAUGCCUUCAGGGACCAUCAGGGACAAGACUGACUAUCUUUAAACUUUUUAAUGCCUGAAACUGUUGUAAGAGGGUAGGUGUUAUCAGAGCAGCUGAAGAAACACUCCUGCAUUUACAUUUUCAGUUUAAAACACUCAAAAUAAGUAAUGCUUCGGACUAAAUAAGUAAAAACUGCUUUUGUCCACAGGGGGCGCCACAUUGACAGAAAUCAAAAGUUUGCCAAAGGAGCCUUAAUAUUUUAAUAUUCCAUCACAGAUUUUGUUUUUGAAUCUAUCUUUAACCUGAAAUCACAGACUAUAUAUCAUCAACCACAUGACUGAUUCAGAUUAAAUCCACUCUCCUCUUCCUCUUGAGUGAAAGCAUAUUUCUGCACUUGAUCAAAUGUACACUCAUUUUCUCACCGAGGACAUUUGAGCUGAAGAGUGAAACACAAACUGUCUCUUAAAGGCAGACAAUUGGUGCUCCAUGCAGAGGAAGCUGUGCUUUCUAAUAUUAGAUCCAGUGUUUCUACCCCUUUAUGUGCACUCUGCUUAGAUCAGUGAGGCUCUGUAGUUGGAUUUUGUUGUUUCACACUGUCUGUCUUAAACCCGGCUAUAGAGAAAGUGCUGCUCGGCAUUCGCGCUUCUGAACAGAGAAAACUCUCCAAAGCAUUGUAAUUGGAUAAACAGUGUGUGACUGAUCAAAUGCGGCACGGUUUGAGGCGUCAGUCUGUUAAAAGAAGUUAGUUUACAGAGUGGAAAUCGAAGUGAAUUUGUGAAAACAGAAUCAACAGCUCUCUCUCUAAAGGCUUUUCAAUUAGGAAUCGAGUUUCAUGCAUUCAAACUCACUGAGGAGAGGAUUUUUUUUAAUGCCCAAAAACACGCAAUCAGUGAAGUCAGGCUGACACGAAACCUGGAAAUAGUGUCUAAAUGGAAAAUCAGUGAAUUGACUGAUGCUGGAGAUUAGAUGUGAUUAGAGAGGCAACAGAGAAACGACAGAAAACAACACAAAGGCAUAAAAAGCAGCUGAAAAAUGAAUGAAAACAAUUUCUUUUUGAUAGAUUUACAAUGCGGAGGUUGUAUUUCCCUGAUGGUAGAUAGAAAUAAUAACAAACUAUAAAGAUUUGAUGAUUAGUAUGACAGCCAAAAACAUAAAACCUUCUAAACAGCCUCUACUCAGUGAAGCAAAUACAAAGUGAAAAAGUCAGAAUCCUCCCUGAACACGAUAAAACAGACAAUGAUAUCAGACUGUUGUUUCUCCUUUUUACAUAACCUCAGCCUUGCCUCUCAGGCACCAUCUGUGACCACCAGGGGGCAGCCUGGUACUCUGAUCCCUGCUUAAAAGGGCUUUCCAGCCUCGAACCAUCCAAGUCUGAAACAUAGACCUUUUAAGUUGUGUAACAGUGCUUUUUGUUCUUAAGUAGAGCCAUUUGUCAUGUGGUGGGUUUAGGUUUUUGAGCGGCUCUGAAAUAGCUCUUCAACCUGAAAGUGACCACUUGUUUCCUGUUCAAACAGAGCAGAAAAGCCCGAGCUAGCUCAGUGUUUGAGUGUUGAAUGAAUAAAGCGCUCUUUCUGUCCCCCAACCCCCCUGCUGUUGAGAGGUGAUUCGUCUCCUCCAGAGCCUCUUAUCUGCCUGCCAUUGUCUUCUCAACCUCCUUCUUUUUUUUGUGUGUGCAUGAUUGUGAUUUGUAAUCUCUGUCUAACACCGCAGGCAAAUUGGUGGCGAUUGCAGUCAUCGAUGAGAAGGACCCCACAGAGGAGAGUGGCAGGUACAAAGAGCACUGAAAUUAAAAAGCAUGUCUCCGUAUAAAUGACUCCCAUGGUUACCACUAUAAGUCAGCGCAGCCUUCAAAUAAAGAUAAGACUUGCUGUUAUUGUUCCAGCCUUCCCACAAAUUGCAGACAUUGGCUAAAAAAAGGUUAGACUCCCUCGACUCAUGUGGUAUUUCACUCUCCUCUCAUUUGCUUUUAGAUUAAAGACCCUGAUUCAGAGGGUGGCGAAGGAAUACAGAGAGCAUUUUAACAGGUAAGGCACGGAUCCACGAUGAGGUGAAAGAUGAACAUCCAAUUUAUACAUUUAUUCUGGGAUGGUGCACUCGCUGGGGAACUGCCACCUGUCUCCUCACAAGCAAGUUUAUGCCUUUGUCAGGGCACGUCUGUUUUUGUUGAGGUUCAGUAGAAAGGUAAUUAUGCAAAAUGUCAACCUCCAAAUAUAGGUGUUCUUUUCAGCUGUCAGUCAAAAAAACGCAGCUCCGGUUUGUAUUAAUGCAUAAUUUUGUGUUUCUCUCCGGCUCCAAUUGUGAAAUAACAACCAGGGAUGAGAUUUUUGUGUUACACGCUGCGUCGCUCGACCUGUUCUUUUGCUGGAGAGGAAGCAAUUAAAAAAAGGAAGUGAAUGCAGAAAGGAAAUACGUCCAGAAUGUAGAAUUUAGUUUCUGUAAGACUGUUCUUUUUUUUUAUAUACAAAAGACGACAAUGUGGACUGAAUAGGUAUUAUAAGACAGAUGGGGAGAAAAGAAUAUAAAAGGAAAAAAAUAAAAGAAGAAUCAGAUUUGGUCUUUAUUGCUUUGGAUAUUUACACUGGCAAGAAUAUGACUGUGGGUGCUAAGCAUCGCAAACAAACAUAACAACAGGAAACAGAACAAACAGAUGUGUCUUGAACACUACGUAAAAAAUAAACAGUCUAUCUGAGAGGUCUUUGUUGUCAGUGCACAUUGUAAAAAGAAAUGAUACCAUUGGUGAUCAGGGGGGUUGGGAUCUGACAUACGAUAUGACACGACACAUACGAUACAAUUUGACACGAUUUGAUGCAACACAAUUUGAUACAGUAUGAUACUACGCAGUAAGACAUGAUACGAUACGACAUUGUAUGAUACUAUACAACGCAGUGAGACAUGAUACGAUACGACAUUGUACGAUACUAUACAAUGUAGUAAGACAUGAUAGGAUACAAUACAAUACGAUACUAUACAACAUAUUAAGACAUGAUACGAUACUAUAUAAUGUAGUAAGACAUGAUAUGAUACAAUAUGAUACGAUACAAUAUGGUUCAAAAAAAUACUAUUUAACACAGUAAGACAUGAUAAGAUAUGAUACAACCCAGUAAGAAAUAAUACCGUACAAUAUGAUCCAAUGCAGUAAAAUACAGUACAAUACAACAUGAUUGGAUAUGAUCGAUACGAUACGAUUCAAUACAGUAUGAGACAACGUAGUAAGACAUGAUACAAUACAGUGCAAUACAACAAAAUGACACGAUACGAUACUAUUCAGUUAAAUAUGAUACAACACAGUAAGAUGAUACAGUUCGACACAAAACGACAUGAUUGGAUAUCAUCGCUAAGAUACGAUUCAAUACAAUAUGAUACAAUGCAGUACGAAAUACGUUACGGUUAGAUACAACACAGUAAGAAGAUACGAUUGGACACAAUACGACAAGAUAGGAUACAGUCGAUACGACACGAUUGGACACAAUAUGAUACAACUUGAUUGAAUGUGAUUGACAGAUCGAUACGAUUUGAUGCGAUAUGAUUCGAUGCAAAGCGAUACAACACAGUUAGACAUCAUACAGUAUGAUACAAGCACUGACAAGAUAUAUGAUGACGAUACUAUACGAUAUGAUACAAUAUAAUACAACACCUUACAGUAUGAUACGAUAGAAUGUAACGAUAUGAGACUUAAGAUAUAAAAAAAAUUGAAUAUGAUAGAAUAAGGUACCUUAAUGUAUGAACAGUUUGAUAUAGAUCAAUGCUACAAGAUGCAAUAUAAUGAAAUCUGAUCAGUUAAGUGAGAUACAACAAAAUAUGUUAUUUAUGAAAGUAUAAUGCAAUAUAAUUCAAUCUGGUAUGCCCAAAAGAGACAAGAUGUUAUUUUUUGAGGUAUAAUUUGAUACAAAACAAUAUACUAGAAUAUGAUAUAAGACAGCAGCAUACAAUUUGACACAAUAUAAUUAAACCUCAGACAAUACAAUGAUAGGAUAGAAAGGCAGCACUGGAAUCUUCACUGUUAAUGAGGAGACACAAUCCACAGGAAUACACACAUUAAACUUGUAUCUGUGGCUGCAGUGAGGACGGUAGGUAGGUCAUCCGUCAGCUAAGGGACCUGGCUUAUAACAAACAUGUGCUCAGCUGAACCGAGUGGCAUUCAAAUCAGCUGUAAUACUGCUGUUCUUUGGUUGACCCUUACAUCCGAACACUCCCAUUGGGGCAGCAGUAGACAAGAGGAUUUCCUCUGAAGGAUUAAUAAGAAAAUGUCUCACAUUCCCAUCAUUAUGUUGUGCCUAAGCAUCUCACUCUGCCCCAUCACUGACAGUGUUGCUCCAUCAGAUAGAUUUCUUUUUGCACUGGUGCCACGAGGUGUAUCUGAAACCACCGUGAUCAAAGAGUUUCUCCCUCUGCAGGCGUUCCCAUUAGGACUGAUUGAAUUACACAGAUCUCUAUCAUCAGUUAAACAGUUAUCUGCAACACUUCUUCAGUGUUUUUGAACAUUUUUGAAUGAAAAAUCCCCGCUGAGAUCAGAGGCAGCUGGAGCUCCCUGACACACCUGAAUGUACUUGUGAUAACAUGUCGCAUGUUCGAGUGUUGCCCCUGGUGGGUGACACAAGUGUGUGGAGUCAGGGGGAUCCAAGGUGAAGACUAAAGCUGCUAUGUGGCUCUGAAUGUCAUCGUGUUCAGCUCUGCUUAAACUUUUUAGAUCUAGACUAGUCUGUGCGUGUGUGUGUGUGUGUGUGAGUUGGUGUGUGGGUGAAACUCCCCUCAUCCACAUGCCUACAUGAGCCCAAAUUGCACUUGUGGGAAUGUCUGAUUUCGUCAGCUGGUGGGUUGAAAAUCUGCAACAGUGACUGUUGUCUCAGCUCUUGUGGGCCAGUUGCAGCUGUUAAAGUUGGCAAAAGAAGAGCAGAUUAAAGAACUCAUCACAAAGUUUGUUAAACUGAAAACAUUCAACUGUUGGAUCGUAAUUAAAAACUCUCAGAUGAACACUUUUAGAUAAACAGCUGACUAAAUUUGUGAUAUGAACCCACAGGAAGUCAUCACCAAAUUUUCUAGCCCCGUACUUGUGCCUGUUAGCUUGUUUUGAUUAGUUUCAAUCAUCUCUAAUCAGCUUUGAUUUGGAUAAUCCCAGUGAGCCAUACACCAUCAAACAGCAAAUAAAGACACUGAACUUCUGGUUUUAAAAAAUGUUACCAAUAGUGUAAUGCUAAAAACAGCAGUUCCCUGAGUGUCCACUAGGGGGUUGGCUUCAAAAGCCUUGUAAGCCACAUUCACACCCAUCCAAAAAAAACCUUUUAAACUAUUCUGGUCUGAGUGGCUCAUGACUCAUCAGUUUUGAAGAUAUUAAGGUAGAGCUGGGUGAUAUGGCCUCAAAUCAAUGUCACGAUUAAUUGAGCAGUUUGUCACGGUUAGUGUCUUAAAGGGACAUGAGACCAUAGCCCACCUACACACAUCCAAAACCAACUUUUAUUUAUUUAUUUUUUUGACACUGAAUAUAUUGACACAGGCAAAAUGACGUCGGUUAUUGUCAUAAAUUUCUGUAUGGGUAACUUGACUGACAGAAGUGUGGAGACUGGUAGAAGCGCCUGUGCUCCUGUUUCCUAAGCUGCUUAUUGCUUGUUUGGCAUGUGACAUAAAAAGGGUCUGUGUAACUUCUUGAAAGGGGGCUCCUCUUACAGGACUGGGCGAUACUUACCGAAAAUUUACCGAUACCAAAAUUUACAACAAUAACUGACAUCAUUUUGCCCAUAUCAAUAUGUUCAGUAUCAAUUAAAUAAAUAAAAGUUGGUUUUGGAUGUGUGUAGGUAGGCUAUUGUCUCAUGUCCCUUUCAGAUGCUGUCCUAAGUUGGAGACAUGACUCCGCCCCAUCCAGUCUGUAACAAAGUGAGACAGCCAGGUGAGGAGAUGGAGGACGGUUCAAAAGUUGUAGCAGCUGAAGUAGACAAAGUGAAUGUGUGAGCAGCUUGUGGAGUAGUUAUCGUCCAUUUAUCGUUAUCGAGGUGAACUGCUCAAUAUAUCGUGAUAUUGAUUUGAGGUCAUAUCAUCCAGCCCUACUAUCUCCUACUGUACCUGGGGCGCACACAUCUCGGGUAGUAGCUUCAUUUUCUCCUUGAGCAUGUAUACUGAGACAAAGAGAGCAGUACAGACAGAAAUGCUCCUCUUUAAGGGUGGAAAACCUGCUCAUGAUGAAAAUGGCAUGAGUCCCUGUUUAACUCUCUCCUCUAAUAGAAACCACUCUCUCUCUCUCUCUCUUUUUGGGCAAUGGCUUUACUGACAUUCAGCCCUGGACCUCAUCUGCCUGGAAUGUAAAUUCUGUUUGACUCAGGCUUCAGAGGAAAAACACAUCUUUAAUAAAUACCCUUCAGUUUCUUAGAUUUUGUAAGUUACAUGACUCAGUAAGACAUUACAACAUGACCAGAGGGAGUGCUCCUCUAAACAGCCAAUAUCUUAAACUUCUAAUGACAUCUCGGAGCAUUUUCCAGGAAAACUGUCUUGCUCAUUCUUGCCCUCAGAUUACCGCAUGCCUCCCUCUCACUCAUGCAACUUUCUCAGCUAGUUACUCAGCCUUUGUUGGCCGGUCUGCUCUGUGGUCUGGCAAAAAAGUUUCCGUGGGAGUAUUGAGGCGCUUUCAAACAGGAAACAGAUCCUGUAAAUAAGUUUUUGAGGAUCUAAAGUUCUAAAACUGAGGCUGUAAAUUUCUGCACAUCUCUCCUGACGUGUACAGAUGUUUCAAACGGACUUUUUAAUGAGCUUUGUUCGGAGUCUAGCCUGCUAUUGUCAGCAGGAUUAUCUCGAACGCCGAAUGAUUUUAUAUCACAUGCUCUGUAUUUAUGAUAGAGUUCAGCCUCCUCAUAAUCAUGUCAUUGAUGUAAGCGGGGGCAGUAUUGUGCUGCACCCAGGGGAGAAACGUGCGAGAUGUAGCUUUGAUUCAGUGUGAAUAUAAUAUAUAUGUAGAGGCCCCAACAAUCAGUCAUUCAGGCGAAGUCGGUCUCUGGACUUCUCGCCCCCCACCUUUCCUCACCGUGUCUACCCACAAUACACUCUGCUCGGAACAUAGUGCGGCACAAUGAGAUACAAAUUGAAUUCCUCCUCCCGCCUUAUCGUCGAGAUAAAUCACCUGAGUCGGUUUUGUGGUUGGAGAAGAUGAGUAGGAAACAGGAGAAGGGAAAGGAUGGAGAUGUGGGGAUAUGUACGGGUAUAUGUUUCCCAGGUUUCCAAAAUGUCAACAUGGGAUUUUAAAAAAAAGUGCUUUUGUGCUGGAAAGUCAGCUCUGCAGUGUGUUCUAGUUAUUUGAAUUCCACUGAGGCAGAAAAAAACUCUAUUUUUAGUGUGUUUUUUUAUGUCGUUUUGAUGUUCGCUUUCACUUGCUGAUGCUACUGAUUUGUCUUGCUCCCCCAGAGACUUCCAGUUUGGCCACAUGGACGGCAACGACUACAUCAACAGCCUCAUUAUGGGGUGAGUUUUCACAUCCAACUUACCUCUUUCUCUUCCCACACGUCACCCCCGCUCUCUCCGUACCUCACAUUUCUUUCUGUCAGCCGCUUAACCAGGUUGAAACUGACUCGUAACGCCAGCCUCCGCCCGUAAAAGACGCUCUCUUGUGGAGAAGUCAAUUACCACGACGGACUGUCAUUUCUAUUUUAGCGCUCGCGGCUAUUCGAGCCCACCCGUCGUCACACACCACAGCUUACAAAAAAGCACGCAGAGGUGGGAAAAGCUGCUGCAAAUCUGCUCGUGCAAGAGGGGCAGGAAGGGAAAGGGGAUAAAGCAAUGCAUGGAUUAGAUCUAUAGCAGUCAUGUGUUUUAAUAGCUUGUCAAAGAGCGGCGCUAAUGAAGCUGAGAUCCCUGCUGCUGAAGCUCUGCGCACAGGCCAAGGCCGACUGUGUGCGCGUCUUACUCGGAGAGGCUCUGCAACUGACAUCCCACACUUUUAAUUAGACAGAGCCCUGCUAGUGUUACAGGCCGGCAGGGCUAAAGCAGUCGGUGUCUGUUCUGUGUCUGCCAGCCUACUGUAUCUAAUUAUGUUUCUUUGUGUAAUGUUGUGGGUGCUGUGUGCGGAAUCUGCGAGCGUAAUAGACCGCUACAGGAUGUUCUUUUAAUUUGAGCGUGUUAUUGUUUGUAUGAUGGCGAUUAUAGCCGACACGGUCCCCAAAGUCCUCUGUAAUUAAAAGUGUGUCACUGCGUACUGUAGGAGACCGUUUUUGGAAGUGUGACGACACUCCACGAACAGAUUCUGGAUCCACAGCAGGAUUUAGCCUGACAGUGUAGGAUAAAAGAUGUGAUUAGACCUACUAGUUUUAUGAGUGCUUACAAUAUGUAUUUCCGUGGGUUUAACAGGACAGAUUUUGGCCGCGGCAGCACUGGAUUAAUUGCCCUCUUUUGAGGAAUGAAAUCCUGGCCUGUCAAUGUCCACUAAUUCUCUCCCUAAGGAAAGCCGUGGAAAUAAAUCUGAUGGCUUUUUAUCCCUCUUUCUGUCAUCACAGCGAUUACUGUGUUCUGGCAGCAGUCUGUCUGGCGUAAGGCUGGCUCUGCUUUCACUAGAGGCACAUAGACACGCUCAGGGAUGCACACAGGCACACAACAUGAGCACCACUCUAAGCCCGAGGCUGUCUCUGCCUCUGUUUAAAUGUGGGAUUAUUGCUAACCCCUUAUAUAGAAUGCAUUGUGGGCAGUGAAAAACUUGGAGUGAUGUGAGGUGACUGUAAAGUCGGUGUGGGAAGAGAGGAGUUGUAACCAUAGAAGUUGAAUGACUGGAGGCAUCAUUACAUCCACACAAAGCCGCAGUCAUUUGAUUUGCAUACUCAGUGUCGCUUUUGUGGAACCUCUAAUAAAUGUUUUUUUGGAAAUGAAUGCCAAUCCCGCUGCGAACGAGUGACAAUAGCAAGCUUGAGCUAACAAGUUUACAGUUUGGGUUUUUUAAUUAAGUCUUACUCUGAUGAUUAAGGCAGAGAAAAAAUGCCGCCGGUAACUGAAAAUGAGAAGAAAACGAGCUAAUGAAGUGUUGGUAAUGAGCCGCAGUCUCGUUAAGUAAGCCAAAACAACGAAAACAAAACACAGCAACACCAGAGGGUGCGCUAGUAUGGACCUUUAGCAACGUAUGCUAAUUUUUAUACAUUUGAUACUGACCUCUUAGCUGUAGCGUAUUGUUCUAACAAAGAAACCAGAAUCCAACACAUGACAUGGACAGGCGUAGGGCUGGGCGAUAUGUCCUCAAAUCAAUAUCACGAUAUAUUGAGCAGUUCACCGCACUUGUCAUUGCUUGUUUUGACAUUUGUAUUCUAAGUUGAACAUCCAGUCCAAAUAGUCACAACCCGACUGUUUUUAGUUCAUUCUUUUUUGUUACAACAGACUCGCUUACGAGGCAAAACUCGGCCACAAGCUUAACCAUAACCAUCAUCCUUCUACCUCAAGUUUACUUAGCAAAAAUCAUUUUAAAUGACAUUUCCUCAAACAACAUGAACAUGGGUUGAGCAGUAACUACUCUACAAUUAGUUGUUUGAAGCUCCUGUGAGGAGUUUUUAGCUGACGAUGAAACACACUGAAAUUUGCACCAGGACUUUUGCCUUUCAAUAUGGGAUGGGCUGAAAUUUAUAGUCUACUUCUUAAAUGUACGCUAUAUGAAGCAGCUCACAUUAGGCUUAUUAGAGCAACCUGUAGGAGUAAAUAAAACUGAUAAGACUGUAAAACUAAAAUGAUGUUUGUCUACCAAAGCUAAUGUAAACUGCCAGUUUGGGUGAUGAUUUUUACAGCUGAAAGUAGGGCUGGGUGAUAUGGCCUCAAAUCAAUAUUACCAUAUAUUGAGCAGUUCACCUCGAUAACAAUAAAUGGACGAUAACUACUCCACAAGCCGCUCAUUGAAAACACUUGCAUAGUAAAAUAAGUUUCCGUCAUCAUAGGGCUGGACGAUAAACCGAAAAUUUACUGAUAUGACAAUAACCAACAUCAUUUUGCACAUGUCGGUAUAUUUGGUGUCAAAAAAAUAAAUAAAUAAAAGUUGGUUUUGGAUGUGUGCAGGUAGACCAUAUCGCCCAGCUCUACAUCAUCAGCAACUUUUUGAAACAUAACUAAAUUUGUAAAAAAGCCACAAACUAGGACUUUGCUCAGAGCUGCUUUCACUUUAAAGUCAUAAAAUCCGACAGUAGAGGGUGUUUAUAUAGGAUAUCGAGUAAAUGUGUUCAGUAAAAACCCAAAUGUUGCUAUUAUUCACCAUGAAUAUGAAUAAAAUAAUAAUUAGCCCUGAUUAUGAAGCAGCUGUUUUUUCCAGCUGACAGGAAAUGACUUUAAUGUGCGCUCUCCGCCUGUUUUCACGCCGUAGCACCGUAUAUGACCCUUCAUUAUGGGCGGCAAACCCCGGUAGUCUCCACUCACAGAGGUGAACAGGCUAAUCCAUAUUUAUUUUAAAUGGCCGCCAUCUGUUGGACUAGGCUGCACGUCAAGUUCUACACACUAGUUGUGUGUGUGCGUGUGUGUGUGUGUUAGUGUGUGUUUGAUUGGAGCUCUCAGCUGGACAGAGUUGUGAGGCGUCGAUGAGUCGACUGCUCGGGCGUGUGUGUUUGCACUCCUGAUCUCAGCUGGGUGGUGGAUUGGGACAGUGAUGGAUACGAGUGCGUGUGUGUGAAAUUUGUUGCUGGCUUGAGUAACACCGCGGGGAUGUGAGCGUGAUGGACUGUGUGUGUGUGUGUGUGUGUGGCUGAGUGCGCGCAUGUGUGUGUGUGUGCGCUUCUAAGCACUUGGACACCUUAUCUAAGCCCGGGUUUGGUGCUUUGUGCUCGACAUGUGAAAGAGGGAUUGCUUGUUUAUACGACCUUGUUUGUUAUCUCACUGAGCUCUGUAAUUCCUCUGCUGAUUUGUGGAAGUAAGUGGGCUUGAGUGUGCGUGUGUUUUUAUGUGUGUGUGUGUCUCUUUCUUUGUGUUUUUUCUGCUGGUAUACAGUAACAGCAUCACCGCGCUGCUUGGCCUCUUUGUGUAUGUUUAGUCUGAGCAUGGAUGCAGACUUGCUUUCCACUGGACUCCCUGCGUUUUCCUUGUCAGCUGUAAUUUGCAGAGGUCUCUUUAACUGUGACCGGCACGAACCCGUAAAGCCCCGAGUUGCACACUGUUUGCAUAAAAGAUAGAAGAAAUGCCACCCUAUAACAGGCUCGACUGCAGAAGCCUCCCUUUGAAAGAAUGCCCAUGGGAAAAGUUGGGUUUCUCCGAGUACAAAAGGGUUUGUUUAUCCCUCUAUUGUGAUCUCUGCGUUGCAUUUUGUUCUUUUUCAAAAAAAGCUCGAUUUGUUCCGAUCUAAUGAUGCACUUUGAUAAUGGCAGCCCAAGGUGCCGAGGUUAAGAAGAUUAAAAGCUGUGUUUCUUGUUUUCCUCAGCGAAGUGACGGUGCCCUCCGUUAUCAUCCUCAACACCUCCAACGAGCAGUACUUUCUACCCGGAGAGCGGAUAGAGACCAUGGAGCAGCUGGUCCAAUUCAUCAACAGCGUUUUGAACGGCUCUGCACAGGUCCAAAUCUUUCCAUCUUCCCUUCCUGCUUUCUGUUUAUGCAUUCAGCUCAGCGCAGUGCAGCCCUUUCCCCUCCCUCUCUUGUGUUGUACCGUUGUAAUCACACCAGUAGUCUUCAUUAAUCAGGCAUGUUGUCUUGAAUUUUGAGUCCCUCCUGGAAGAUAUUUCCCCCAGAUGAGGUAUUUUUGCAAUCUUCUUCUGCAUGUUUGGAUUUCAUAUAGCUGUCUCUUCUGAAUAGAUUAUCUACAAUAAUUCUGUCGUCUUAGUCUCGCGCUGAAAUUACUACACGACUCUGUAUUGUGUUCUAAUCUGGUAAGGAAAUGUCAUUGCUCUCCGCACAUUACACGAAAGUCACCAGAUGUAUGAAACCAUAAGCCAAACAGCCAGAGGUCCUCUCCUUUUUUUCCAACAAAGGUUGGAGCUAUUUUCGUUCAGCAUAACAAACCUCCUCCCACCAAAUAAACAGAAACAGAAACCACCAUGUUUCUGCAGUCCGGCUCCAGCCAAAACCAGGACAACCUCAGCCUUGUAAAUGACUGCCACGAGGUGUCUUAAGGCUGCUUUGUACUUUUGAGAAGAAAAACACACGAUAAUACGACGUUAAAAGCGUUAAAGUACAUUAAAAAUGAUGCAUAUGGUGCAGAAAAGUUUCUGUAAGACUUCAAGGGAGCUCUUUUCAUCUUUUUCUCUUUUCUCUGGGAAUGCAGGGGAGCUGAAAAUUUUUCCCAUGCAUGACUAAAAUUCUUGAACUUUCUUUGUGUUUCUCAAAAGAAGUCAGCAGAGCACGAACAUUAAGGUAGACGGACGGUGCGUUUAACUUCGCGUGUGAAGCACAAACUAGCCGAGAGGAGGACAGAGCUGACAGGCCUUGGCGUCUUCCUCCAGAUAAUUUUUAAAAGUAUAUCUCCACUUACAGGUCCUGUGGUUCAAAGGCCGACUCUUUUUUUAAUCCCUGUCACAAUUUGCUCUUUAGAAAUUGAGAAAGAACAUCUUUAUAAAGAUGUAAAAACCCUCCCCUCUGAACUAUUUAUGCAGUCGUCACACAGCAUAAGCUUAAGUCUGUGCAACAGCUGUUUCCACAGAAAUCCUCCCCUGCCCACCUCCUGCUCAUUCACAGAAGUCAUGCUUAGUCAUUGCUCGCUAAUUUGCCGUCCUGAUGAAUUAGCGUCGGGACGGAUCAGUCAUCGGCGGUCCAGGUGCUGUUUCGCACAAAUGAGCUCAGGCGGACGGGAAGCUGCUGGACACCAAACAAACAAAGAGUCAAAGCGAAACUUUUCACUUCAGAUGCACUGAAGACGCUUUUAUGAACAUAUGUUUGGUUAAUAAAGAAAUACCCCGAGGUGAACGCAUCAAAAUAAACACGAUCAAACCCUGUUUUAAGCUCACGGUGCUUUGAAACUACACUCGACCUCACACAUCAAAUGCUGUCUCCCUACAGGCGUACGGAGGUGAUGGCGUCAUCCAGAGGAUCAAACGUGUGGCCUUUGAUGCGAGAUCCACCAUUAUGGUAAGUUCAUUCCAGGCUGCAAACAGGAUUUUGCCGUCAUUACUUGAACUAUGAACUUCAAAAGCGCAUUUGACCUGAAUUCGGCUUCGCUCACCUCGCAGCUCUCUCAAAAACCCCUCACAUUUAAUGAAUUAAAUCCACAUAACCAUAAAAUCCAGGUGUAGUUUGAACCCGUCUGUUUAUGAGAGUCUCUCACUGUCUUCCUGUGGGAUCAUGAUUCCCUUUGCUCUCUGCCAGGUCCACUACAGCAGCAGCAGCUUCUGUGCAGCUGUGUAAGUUCUUUGUAACACCAUCUGUUUUCACCAUGGAGCGUUUAUGAUCCCGCUAGCUUACCAGUAAAGUAGCUGAGGUGACUUGCCAACAACCACAUCAUCUACACAUGCUCCACCCAUCUCCGCUGGUCACUUGCUGGCAUGAAUUGAAGAGUCUUUUUUUCCUUCACGUGAUGAUGGACAAACAUUUUCUUUCCAUGUGUGCAACCUGCAGCCCGGUCUUUCUCAACACGCAUCAAAAAGGCUUCCUAUUAUAAUCACCAAGCUGUGUCGCUAAGUUCAUCCUGAUUGGUCAACACCCUAUGACAGUAAUUAUUGAUCCUUAAUAGCAGAGGUGAUGUUCGAAGCAACCUGAUCACACACUUCAAGAUUAUUUAUUGCAGUUAUCAAACACAAUCUUCAUGAUUUCCAUUUAAAAACUCUGUAGAAGUAACUUUACACUUUCUGUUUUUAUUCACUUUAAGGUCCAAACUUUUGUGUUUUUCCACCAACAUUUAUGCCAGAUGCAGGAAAUUACAGCAGCUGCACAAAAAAAAACUCUUCCUGUAACUUUUUAAAUCUCCUGUUGUUUUGUUUUUUACUCAGCUGCUCGUGUUGCGCCGACAAAGUGUUGCAUUUGUUUUUGCUUCACGUCUCACACUGAAGGGGCUCUUUUUCACAUAACAAUGAGCUUAACUCUACAUGCACAACCACAAUGCAUCAUGGGGAUUCUGCUAAGAGGGUGCAGGUCUUUUUCUGAUUAAAAGAAGGGUGCUAAAAAUGCUCUGCACACGUUGAAUCACAAACAGUGAGCUUUUAUUCAGCAGUUUAUUUUCCCAGCCAGGUGACACAGUAAGCAUUCAUUAUAGGGCCGGGCGAUAUGGCAUUAAAUCAAUAUCACGAUGUAUUGAGUAGUUCACCUCGAUAACUACUCCACAAGCUGCUCACCCCCUCCCUACAUUAACUUCGUCUACUUCAGCCGCUACAACUUUUGAACCGUCCUCCAUCUCUUCACCUGUCUUUCCCUCUUUGUUAUGGACUGGAUGGGGUGGAGUCAUGUUUCAGCCGUAGGACAGCAUCUUAAAGGGACAUGAGACCAUAGCCUACCUACACAACAUCCAAAACCAACUUUUAUUUAAUUGGUUUUUUUGACACCGAAUAUAUUGACAUCGGCAAAAUGACAUCAGUUAUUGUUGUAAAUUUCAGUAUCAGUAAAUUUUCGGUCCAUCGCCAAGCCCUAAAUCAUUAUAUAUAUAUUUAAUAUAUAAACGCACUCUUUUUGGCUCUGUUUUGGUCUGCACCAUCUUCUUAAACAAAUAUAUGUCUUUUUAGUCUUGAAAAGCUCCAUUUCAUUCAUAUUCCAGCAGUUCACUUUUACUCCUUGUUGUCUGAUGCUGAACAAGUCUAAGGAAGCUGGUUUAUAGAUCAUUUGAUCUAUAAACCAGCACGAUCAGCUGAUCAUCCAAAACACUCAAAAGCUGUGUUUACAUGGGCACAAAUAAUCGUAAUAAAGUCCCCAUCAGAGGAAAAAUUGGUCAUGUAAACAUGUCGAUCGGAAGAUUGUGAUCCAAUUCGGCUCAAUCCCGAAGAAAUAGUAUUCCGAUGGGGAGUGGUGGUUUAUGCCGAUUGUUAUGCUAAAACGCGUCCGUGUAAACACUUAUUCUGAUCGUGACUCUCUUACCUGAGCCGAUCUCCACUCGUUAGCCUUCUGUCUGCUCCUCCUAUAAUAUAACAAGGCGUACACACAGGGUAUUGAUGUCACAUCUGCACGCAGUCCAACAUUUGACAGAACAGUAAAAUAAGUGAGCAAGGGCGCCAUCUAAUGACAACACUUGACAGGGGGAAACAUCCUGAAUUAGAUGGAGUGAGCCACUACCGCGUUUAUUGGUUUGUUGACAGCACAGGCGUAAAUACAACUCUUCUUCUUCUGCGCUUGUUUUAGCAAAAUCAGAUUACUCUGCACAUGUCCAAAUCUGAAUAAAGCUUGGUGCAUGUAUACGCACAUCAUGAUCAGAUUAUUCGAUUUUGCGCCCAUAUGACCAUCCGAUCCCUCAAAUUUUUAAUCAGAUCAAGAAAUUUGCACAUGUAAACGUGGCUACUGAUGAGGGUGAUAAUCCUUUACACUUGUGCUUUUUAUAUAACAGUAACUCAGUAAUGUUUGUUUUUGUUUCUUUGUGCAAAAAGUACUGUUGUUUUUAUUUUGAUUUACUUUAUUGACCUUCAGUCGAAUUGACGCACCUUCGUUCUCGCUCUAGGUUUCCUUUAGCUGCGCGUAUAAACUGGAUCACUUUUACUAGACUCCUCGCUCUUGUUAAAAUGCCUCGCACCUCGCCUCACCUUGACUCCGUUUGCCAAUUGAGGGUAAAUGCUGUGAAUAUAUAUAAAUAUAUGUGUAUAUACAACCUGCGCCAAGUUCAGUAAAACUGUAAUACAAAUGCCCGAGUGCCCUGCUCUGUCCCUGUGGGAGGAAAACAACAUUCAGAGGACGUUGUGGGGAGUUCAGCUGAGAAUAUGCAAUGCAGGCAGUAAACACCGUACCGGGAAAGAGAAACAUGCAGCAGAGCAGGAGGAGGUGGAGUAAUGAGGGAGCAGAGAGGGUCAGGAGGCUGCACUUGCCUCUCCUCCCACUUUUUCUCUAAGUUGUUGGUUCUUUUGGGAGAGCGGGUGUAUUUUUACCAAGGGUGUGAUAGGAAUGUAAAUACAGCCGUGUUGUUAUGCUUCUCAGGGUGGCACAGUUGCACUGAAACCACCGCCGGUAGAGCUGCCCUUAACAAUGCCCUUAAAGAGAUGCAGGGAACUCUUAAAGGGAAGAUCGUGGAGUUUAUUCGGGAACAAGGAGAAAUAAAAGGGACAAAAACUUCAGGGACGAAAACUUAAAGCUUGUAGAAAUAUUUCCACUUAGUCGAUGUGAAGGAAUGAUUCACAGAAAGCACAAUUACUUUUCUUUUAGCUGCAAAAGAGCAAAAUUUGAGUUUUCCUGACAACCAACAGAUAGAAACUGGCACCAAAGAGUCAGCGUGAUGUACAAAUUGGUUACUUUUGCACCCGUAGGAGGCAGGAAAUGCUCUUUCCCUCUUGCUUCCCUAAAUUUAGCCCCCCUGCAAGUAUCACCAUGGCUACUCCGCUCACAGUGUCAUGAUAUGACACAAAGGAGAUAGGCAGCAGUCAUCACCUUGCCCCCAGAGAGCCCAUCUAAAUGCGCGUCUGACAGCAGCAUGAGGAAACAGCCAUUAGAGCCAAUGAGUCACAGCCAGCUCUGUUAGCAUAGCAUACCCAUCUCUAGCUCAUGUAGCAUCGCAGCGGUGGCAAUUACCAUCCCUCUUCCUGAGGCAGUGACUGUAGGGGAUGUGGAUAUUUCUCUUCUCCUCAGCUCAGUGCCUGACAGAAGUUGUGAUUGAGUGCCCCCCCCUCUAGGUACAUUGUUUCAGAUGACUCCUGUUACAUUAGGGCCAAAUGAUGUUUCCUGCUAUAAAAAGGCUAAAUGAUGCAUUUUUUACUCUGAUCGUUUAGAGAGGAACUUUAAAAGCUGUCCUUUAGUAACCUUUGGGAAAAGAGGGAUCAUUUUCACACAGACUGUCUGCAGCUGUUAUCUCUAUUUUGGUGCUAAAGCUACGAGAUAACAUCGGCCCCCUGUGCUUGUUUAAGUCGAGGUAGUAGAGCACCAUCAACCAGAGCAACAGUCCAGGCUAGUGAUGAACGUAUUAGUCCCAUUUUCGACGAAAGAGGAUUCAGGCCACAUGAAGAGAAAAAAAGUAAUAACAGGAAGGAGAUUAAAGUUGAAAUUUUGAGAUUAAAAAAAUUGAUGUUAACUAAGUCGAAAUUACAAAAUGUCAAUUUCUUGAAUCAUGUCGAAAUAUCAGGGUUAAAAAAAUUACAAUUUUGAGAUAAAAGACUAAAUUUCAAGAUGAAAGUUGACAUAAAUAAAAUCUAAAAUUUUACUUUUUUUCACUUCAACUUUAAUCUCGAAAUUUCGACUUUAAUCUUGAAAUGGAAAUUUAAAAAAGCUCCCUCCUGUAAUUAUUUUUUUCUCUUCUUGUGGCUUUAAUCCUCUUUCGUACAUUUCAGGCCUGCUAUAAAAAAUAUUAGUGAUUUGUUAAACUAACUGGAAAUUCUGGUGCCAGCUAAUGAGGGUGACAAUCAUACUCUUGACUUUGUGCGCACAUCUGUACUUUUAUCAUGACCAGAAGAGAAAAUUUUAGGUUUUUGGCAUUAACUGCAUUAUACAUUUGACAAAAAAAUAUCUAAAAGCUGAGAGUCCAGACUUUUUGACACAGUACGAAUAAGAUAAGUAGGUUUUUUGAAGUAUAGUUAAAAUACUAUUCCUCUUACGUUUCUGUUUUGUCAGAUAGGGCUGGGCGAUAAACCAAAAAUUUACAGAUAACAAAAUUUACGACAACAACCAACGUCAUUUUGCACAUAUCGUCAUAUCAAAAAAAUAAAUAUAUAAAAGUUGGUUUUUGAUGUAUGUAGGUAGGCUAUGGACUCAUGUCCCUCUAAGACGCUGUCCUACAUCGGAGACAUGAUUCCACCCCAUCCAGUUUGUAACAAAGAGGGAAAGACAGGUGAGUAGAUGGAGGACGUUUAUGUAGGAGGAGGUGAGCAGCUUGUGAAGUAGUUAUCGUCCAUUUAUCGUUAUCGAGGUGAACUGCUUAAUAUAUCGUGAUAUUGAUUCGAGGCCAUAUCGCUCAGCCCUAAUGUAAGUGUUCAUGGUCGUAUAAGGAAGACAAAAACUAUCAGUGUGUGCAGAAACAGGGCAGCGUUUUAAAGGUGUUUCCUUUUUUGUUAUUGUUCACACUACACAGUAAAAUAAUGAUAAUAACACUAAUACAGCAGAAUAUCCCAAAGAAUUACAGACCAAAGGCUACACUGAAAAAUUAAAAUAAAACACAAACAAGACAAAUGAAUCAGUCUGUAGUACAACACUAUAACACACACACACACAUACACACUCAAACAUAUGACUGAUAUUUAAUUAACACUAAAAUAUUAAAGCCCGCCGAGUCUCUACCGAUGAUUUGUGACCUGCCUCCUGAACACUCUUGCCAGGCUUAAUGGUCUGAUGCAAAUGAAUGAAUAAUAUGAAUAAAAAUCCAGUGUCUACACUUAAAAACAUCAAAGCCGGCUGAUUAUUGUUUUUUACACCAAUAUUUUUGGAUCAGCCUCCUAAGUCAGGUUUCUACAUAAAAGCUCUUCACUGUGUAAACACCGUCUAUUCAUAGAGAUUGUCGGACCCGACCGGUUUCGGACCCAAUUAUCGGGACAAAUUCACUCUCAAUACACCUCAGAACACAGGAUAAUCUUAUAGGAUAAUCUUAGAAGACAUAAGAUAUCCUUGGCCAGGGUGCCAACUGUGUGGCGUAGCCUCAGCUGUGAUUGUAUUCAAACAGGUGAGAGGAGGGCUUUAGAGAUUGGAGCUCAUGGUCUCAAACGUGAAGGUUGUUCAUGAGUGUCAUAAUUGUCUCUCCUCUCUCGCUGCUCUCAUCUGUCUCAUUAUUCCUCUAACACUUUCCCUUCCUUGUCUAUUCUUCUUCUUCUUCGUCUCUGUCUCCACAUCAGUCAGUGUUUCGCAGCUCUCCACUGCUGGGCUGCUUCCUCUUCGGCCUACCGCUGGGUGUAAUUAGCCUGAUGUGCUACGGCAUCUGCACAGCCGAGUCGGACGACGGCGCGGAUGACAUUGACGCGCUCAAGAGGGAGGGCCUGACUGACGAAGAGGACGAGGAGGAGGAGGAGAGGCAACGCGCCGCCGAGCUGGAGGGCCCCGACGAGGAAGACGACGGCGGGGAGAAGGAUCCCGAGGAGAAGAAAACCGAUUAACACAGGGGCUGCCUGUUGGAUAGAGGAUGAUAGGCCUAGUUGAAUUCAGUGACAUGAAACUCAAAGACAUAUCAAUGUAUUACUGCUCUGCUUCUUUGUCUUUCAUAUCACUCUCCUUAAAAGUCCCUCUAGCACAGACUUUUUUUCUCCACCCGUCUUUGAGUUCUGUGUGUCAGUUUGUCCGGUCAGCGGCUCAGCAGAGCCAUCGAAUCAUUCUUAAAACCAACAGCCUUUUUAAUGACGGAGCAUAAAACGAAAACAUUAAAGUCAAGAAGGGAUGGCUGUGAACCAAACGAACCACUUAUUUAUUAAGAUUGGACAAACGAGUGGUCUCUUCCCUGUGGUAUGUUCCCUUUGAUCGUUACUUCAACAUCCUCGCAUCUGCUUUUUUUUUUUCGUUAUUUUCCACCUUUUCUGUGUUUUCUGGAUUACCAUGAUAGACUAUUAGAGGCUGUAGACAGUAAAUAAACCUUGCCUUCAAACUGAAUAACUCACAGCCAUUUAGUUCCCCUCUUUCUCCAACCCAAAGUGUUGACUUCACACGUAAAUCGAUUGGCGUUCAGAAAGCAAAAGAAGUUUCCCAGGAAGGAAAAUCUGCCAUAAAUGAAUUGUGCUUUUUUUUUAUUGAAUUUUAUUGCCUGGAAUAAUUUCUUCUCUUUCUAAGGAAUGCAAAGUGCCGAGCAUUUCGUGUUACGUCUCAUCCCGACCACCUGUUAGCUGUUAGUGUCCAUUUCCAAAGCCAGCUGAUGGCGAACAGCUGGAGUGAUAAUUGGUUUCAGUCUGUCAGAAACUGAAAUAUGGCAAAUGCACAUUUUUUUUUUUUUGUACUCGUAUCCACCCAACCUGUUAAAAAUUCCACAUGUAGACGGGUUGUACCUGUACAGCAGACACCCAUAACAUGCUCCAGUAGUUCCUGCGGCUUUUAACAAGACGUAUUCCUCAGAUAGACCGGCUCUGUCUGCUUCCAUUUUACAAUCUGUCCUCCAUCACUGCUUGCUUUUAUUGAAUUCAGUAGGCAGGGUGGAGUUUACAUCCUGAUGCACCGUGCAAAUGAAAUAUGAGAGCAUCUUCCUACGGCUCAGUUUCACCUCUUUUUUGGUUGCAAAUGAACAGAAAAUCUUGAGAAAACUGACAAUGUGAGGUAUUCUCAGCUCUCUCAAGGCGUUCAAAUCCAUCUUUAUCCUUUUCUUCUACCCUUGUGUUACAACGUGCGUAAUGACUAAAAUCAAGCAGGGGUUACGACUUCCUCUUGGGUGCAGGUGGCCACUUUAUUUUAUGAAAAGAGCAAGUGCUGCUAUAAUCUGCUGCACCCGGCGUAAUGACGUUUUUAUGAAAGUAGAGUGCACCUUGUUGGAUUCAGGGCCUGGUGGUGGUUUUUCAGGCAGAGAGGCGUCUGGAAUUUAUAGUUGAUAGAGAAAAUGUCUAAAGAGAAGAAACAAAUCCCCUCAGUUCACCCUCAAACACUCAGGAUUUGAGUUUCAGAUUGCUUUGCAGUGAUUUCUCCUCACCGACAAAAACAUGAUUUUGAUGCUGUGUGACAUGAUCAUCACUGAAAAACACAUUGCAAAUAAUUUUAUCACCCUAGGUCUCAUUCUAAAGAGUAAAUAACGAAGAAACAUAGCAGCAGUUUGACAGUUUUGGAGAUAAUUUAGUUUUUUGAAAUCGGUGUCGAGUAAGAAGGGAAACGUUAAAGAAACUACUAACAAAGCAGACAAUUAAAACAGGAGGAAAUCAGUGAAAUACAAAACAGAUACUUUCAAUCUCCUUAAUUCAAAGCUCCUGUGGGGACGUUUUUUGACUAAAAUAUAUGUUGCCGCCUCUUGAUUGGUUAGCUAAACAAACAAUCCCAUCAGCGAAAAGGCAAGCUAGUCCAAUCUAGUAACAAAACCUCCCAGAGCACACCCGGCAAAAAAAAGUCAUAUUUAUCUUUUUGCUGAGUGAUGCAUUUAAUUAUCAGAUUUUUGUCAGAAAUGUCUAAAUACAUCGGCCAAAAUCAGCUCAGAGAUGUAAAGUUCCUCUUUGUCCACAGGGGGCGCCAAAAUCAACACAAACGCAAGAGUUUCUCACAGGAGCUUUGAAUGUGAAAACGUAAACAAACUUUGUGCAAGCCUGAAAACAUGAUCAUGACAACAAACAGGGCUCUGUUUGCCAUAAAUAAUACAAAAUCUUUUGAGAGGACUUUACCAAGAAUGGGUCUCGGCUGCUUCUUUAUCAUACAGUACAGGACAGGGUUUAUGAUAUUCAAGCACAGAAAUACCUGAAGCUCCAAAAAUUUGUGCAGUUUGCUCCACUUUUGUGACUGUGAUGAGCUGUCAGCAUCUCCUCUCUACUGCUCACAGCUGCACUGUGCGCUCUCAUCCUGAGGUGCAAAAUUACAUCAACAUAAAUAAUGAUUUUAGUUUAUAUCCAGCUUGUUCAGAUAGAAAAAUCAGCUUAUAUGUACGGAAGUUGAGCCUCAGACCAACUUAAAUUCUGAUGAUUAAUUAAGUAAACACAUACACAUAAAGUCUUCAAAAUGCAGAUGACGGGAAGAUUGUCCCUCUAUCGAUUAGGCUAAACCAGCUGUUUCCCCCGUUUUCCUCAAUCUUCCCAUCUGAGUCUGAGCAACAAUGACAAGAAGUUUAGUCGUACCUUAUCCUGCAGAAACACUCAUGCGUUAUAUUUGACGCACAGAUCUGCAAAGUAAUUAUAAGUUUGAAAUGAGCAGCGAAGGCUUCUAUAACCGGCUUAACUCUCGGGGGGGACUUGAACACACGGUAAUGAAUGAGCGGUAAGUUCAUUCUUAACCUUGGGGACAGGAGUGCGACACUCAAGUCUUGAACUCUUCGAUCAACAUCUUUAGUUUUAGUUUUAGUUUAGCUUAUAAUCACAUUUCACACAGCAGCAGCAGUGGAGAAAGUCAUUUUAUUCACAUCUAACUAUUUCGAUGCUGAGUGGGCCUUGAAUGGGGAUGAUAUUUCUGAAAGGUAAUGAAUGUUUUCAGCUGUUACUGCUAUUAUUCCCUUUUCUGUGAGCUCUUUAAAAAGCCGAGUAAUGAGAAGGCAGUCGUCACUGUUAUUCAUUGUUGCUCUUUUCAUUGUGUCGUGUUUUCUUUUGAUCGACUUAGGCACCUCAACCUAAGCACACUUGUUUUUUUUUUAUUACACAGAGCUGAUCUGUGUUGUUACUGUGAAACUGCACUAAAGGAACCAUGCCCUCGCCUUGCCUUCUGGUCUUUGUAGUUGCCUACCAUCCUCUGCCAAACUUCCUUUUUCUUGGGUUUGAAUUGAGACUGUCACACUUUAAUACGGGAUUGAAAGAUUGAAAUAAAGAUUGUCCUCUUUUUUUCUUGUUGGCUGCCA